AUGGAAGGGAGUGAAGUGAAGCCAGCAAGAGUAGCUCCUCCUAAACCAAUGCCGUACCUCCCACAGAGACCUCCCAUAGAACCUUUAACACAGCCUGCACCUUCUAAUGGACCCCCUCCUACUAAACCUGGUAAAAAGCCUCCACCUUCUGUCCCCCCUCCUCUUCCUCCUAGAGUGGACCUUGGUGAGACAGCAGUGGAUGUGGGCAGUUCAAUCAAAGAACAAAGUAACAUUGACCUGGCACAGAAAGGAUCACCUAAACCUAAGUAUGAAGUUAACUUGUUUCUUUGUGUGUAUUUGUCAGUAACCUGAGCCAGUCAAGUACCAAGAGUCAGCAAAUUUCUGCUUGUUUUCAUGACAGUCUCUUAGUUUUGAAUUAGAACUAUUGUUAGGGAAAAUGGUGAAAGCAUGCAUGCACCAAGGAUAAAAAUUGGGGGAGUGUUAAAAGGCCUCUAAGUCCCUGUGACAUAAUGUCAAAUUCUCCUUUAUUUUAUAAGCAAAGACAUGUCAAUUUAGAGGGAGAAUCAGCAGUUUAUCAUUUUGAUGUCACUUGGAACUUUUUAAUAGGCACCCCUUCAAGAAGAUUUUAACAGCCAUAAUUAAAAUAUGUAUAUUUUUUUGGAGAUCGUAAUUUUUGUCAAUCUUAUCUGAGGUCUUAAGUCAUGCCAAUUUUGCAAUUGUGCAAUUUUUGCCAUAUUAAUUUACAGUGUAGAGUAUACUAUUUUUGUGAAGAGGAAUUUUGUUCUGUACUGUUGAAUUUUCAACUUUUGAGUUUAACAUGCUAGUGAUGAAUAUUGUAUCACUUUUGCAUCAUCUCACAUUAGAAUAAAUUUUAAACUGUCUUCUGUGCAUGAGCAAGGCCAGGUGUACUCUAACAGCACCCAGCCCGUCGUGCCUAACCUUUGCUACUGGUUACUACAAAAUCUUUUUAACCCCCCCCCCACCCCACCCCCUGAUAAUUUGAACCAAUUUGCUUUUUCCAAAGGUGGUUGAAAAAUCGGGAUUCCACUGUAUUAUUAGAACUACUUCUGCCCCUAGUACUAUGUAAUGGCCAAUUUUUUCUCUCCAUGUACUUUCCAUAAAUUCAGUCAUUUUAAGUAUCCUUUCAGUUCUACAACAGUUACAGCCACUUACUAGCGUUCCAAUAAUUAUUGUACAAAUGAUCUUUCUACAACACUGUACAAGCAGUUAAAAGCUGCCAGUGCACAAUCUAAUGCAGUCACUGUUGAUCAUACUCACUUUGUGUAGUUUAAAUAUUCUGGUCAUUAUAUAUUUUUAUUGUAAUUCCUAAAGCUUUUUAAAUGAACCUCGUCUCUGUAUAGCCGAUUUUUUAUGGAAAAAAUAACGCAAAAUUUUCAUUCUUACAUUAAACUUAACCUUACUUACAAUUCACAUUUGAUUUGGGUUUUUUUCCCUCCGUUUGCCUUCCUAAUAUUCCUUCUUUUCACAGAUUCUUCCCAAAGUGGCACUCGUAGAGAAGUUGUACUGUAACUGAAUGUAUAUGUUUCUGUUUGUUUAGUCCUAAAGGUAGACCUGAAAUCUCCACUGUACCAGCAAAACCAAUGGAUUCUUCAGGAGUGAUUCCACCUCCUGCUGUCCCCGCCCAACCUGCUCCAGUAUUUGAAGAGCCUUUACCCAAGACACCACAAAGGCGAAAACCCAAGAGUCGUGAGCCCCCUCCUAGACCUAAGACACGCCCAGUAAGUGAGCUUACCCUGGAAUCAGAUGAACUGGAUAUGGGCUCAGUGAUACCUGAUAAGAAGAUAAAUACUCCCAAAGAGGAUGUUAGUAAGGUCGAUGGCAGUAGGUUGAGUAAUACUCCAGCUUUUCUAACACAGAAGGUGAAAAAUGACAAGCCUGAAAUUAAUGAUGUUUUAAGAACUGAUGAGCAUGUUAAUGGAAGUGGAAAUGUUAACGAGAAGUCAGAGUUACACCCAAGAGAUUUGUGCGGUGAGAUAGGAGAGGAAGAUCAACAGGUUAACAAAGUUGCUGACAAAUCAACUGCAAUAAAAGCAAAACCCAGAGAGAGGGAAUGUAGAUCUUCAUCUGGUGUUGAUGAAGUGAAGGAAGAAGGUUUGGAUGGUACUGGAAUCCCAGUUGUGGAUGCAGUGGCUGCAGGAAAGAAGACUAAACCAACAGUUAUUAUUGCAGCUAAACCUCCGAAGAAAACGACUUCUUCUCAGGGACCAGAGGAAAAAGACGGAAUUGAGGAACAUAAGGGGGAAAAACUGAUUCCUGUCAGUACCCAAGAGAGAAAGCCACCUCCUCUGGCUAAGAAACCCAAGCCAGCUCUUAAACCCAAGCCCUCCAGUGUUCUGGAACCAGCUGUUAAGGAAUCCGCAGAGGACAGGAAGCUUGAUAGUACUGUAGCCCCUAAACCAAAGGCGAAACCCACUGUGAUAUUGCCAGCAAAACCAUCUAAAACUACAGACGUACCAAAGACUGGUGGUGAAUUUGCUGAGGAGAAGGAAGUGAAUGGAGUCCAAAAGAAAGGACCUCGGCCGACUGUGAUAUUGGCGGCCAAACCUUCUAUAGCUACAGAAACACCAACACCUGGUAGUGAAUCUGUUAGGGAGAAAGACGAAACUGUAGCCCAGGUGAAAACAUCACGUCGGCUCACUGUGGUAUUGCCCUCUCAACCUUCUAAGAUUCCUGAAGCACCGAGAGAUUCUGAUAAAGAGACUUCUAAGAGCGUAGAAGAUGGUCAGACCUCUUCAAAGGUAGCUUCUGCUGAACCUGGAGAAAUGCAAGAUCAGUCUGCUGCACCUCAACCAGUGAAAACUAAGCGCGCACCAACUGUAAUUAGAGCGCCACGCCCUCAGGGGCAAGAGACAGGCGUAGAGCGGAAAGCGCCCAAAAGACCACAGAGAGGACCAAGUAUUAGAAGAUCAGCGCCACCACGGCCAGAUAGUGCUCCUCCCGCAAAGAAUGAGGAUCAGAGUGAGCUUGCAGCUGGUGCUCAGAAAGAAGAAGCGAAACCAGAUGCUUCCGCUCUGCUGAGUGAUAAAGUACAAACUAAAUCAAGUCCUCAAAGACCAGUUACUAUGCCUGGAGUUAAAGAAAAUGAAUCAGUUUUAGAUAAAAGGAAAUUGCAUGAGUCAGAGUCGUCACUAGGGAUAGAAAAAAAUAUAACUAGAAAAGGCUCAAAGAAGGGACCUCCUCCUCCCAGACCCCCUGCAGCUGAUUCUGUUAGAGGGGAAGUGGAGCCUACAUCAAACAUACGCGAUGAAGUUCAUUCCUCAGAUGAAAAAUCAAACGAGAAACAUAGACCUGCGCCUCGUAGAUCUCCUUCGAGUAAGCUUGCUGGUGGUAAGACCAGCGUUAGUUCAGACGCUCAAAAAACACAGGAUCAUAAACCUAAAGAAAAAAGCAAACCACCUCGGCCUUCUUCUCGCACUGUAGAUAGUACACAUCCUAAAGAUUUGCAUGACGAGCCUGUGGAAGCUCACGUGGAAGUUAAAACCAAACCAGCCAGACCAGCUCCUGCCGCUUCAAAGGCAGAUGCUGCCAGUAGGAAUGCAGCUGAGAUACGAACAGUAGCAGAGUCAUCAGCGGAUGAUCACGUGAACAACACAUGCAGUGUACGUGGCUCAAGGGAGACAGAUCAUGCUAAGGGCCAUGAAAAGGCUUCAAAGUCCAAAGCAAGACCACCUCGACCUACAUCUGCAUCGACUUCAAAGAACGAGAAACAAGCACCAUCACAGCCAGUAGCAAAGUAAGUAACAUUGCCUUUACUGCUCGUCGCUCCCUCAAGUGUUUAGUGAAAUAAGAAAGCGCCUUGUUUAUAGAGGAGGUACACUUAGCCCUUUAGCUCGUUUACUGGCAGCAUACUAAAAGCAACGCCAGCAAAACGUCAAAUUUGGCAUAUAAUGUAGCAUGAUUGAAAUAAGAACUGUCUGGAGGCAAAACAACAAGCUGUUUACAGCAAAGGCCGACGAGAUGAACUUAGGACUACAGAGAAACAGUCAGAAGUCAGAGCGGAGCCCGAACUCAGACCUCUCGAUUAAGAGUCCACUGGUCACUUGGCCACGCCAUAUCCUUCUCGCUGGUACACUCCGCCAGUGUUUACCGUAUUUUCUCUAUUAAAAGCCGGACCCCGAUGAAACGCUGGCCUCGAAAAACGCCGGGUCAUAACUGCCGAUUUUCAACUAAACGCCGGGGUCGUUUAAUCGGGGCCCUGGCGUUUGAUCGAGGUCCCUGCGUUUAUUUGCGGUCGAGGUCACAAGGACCGGUAACAAAUAAAUAAAAUCUCUUGAACAGCACUGUUACGACAUACCAAGAACAGUAUGCUGUUUUGGUAUUUUAGUAAACUUUCAAAGGAAAAAUACUGACGUAACACAACAAAAUGUACAGUACCAUAAUACUGUAACUUUAGGUAAUGUACAUACGGUAAUCAUCCUCGGAGAUCCAGAGGCGGGACGAAGGGAAAAAUCGUCCUCCCGCCACCCCCUGACAAACUGCCCCCGGGCCUGAAAAUGACAGAAAAUUGCAUUUCAUUAAUAAACGCCGGCCUCGAAGACAAGCCGCGUCAAAACUGCCCAUGACUUUUUUUUCGAGAAAAUACUGUACAUCAGCUAUCGUCUGGGUCAUGUCGAAAUGGAAAAAAAGAAAAGGUGCCAUUUAGCUGAACCGCUUAUCUUGUUUCAGGUCCAGGAAAAAGAAAAACGAAGACACUUCCUCAACCCAAGUGUCAUCUGUUGAACUUUGCAUGUAACUCGGGAGACGAUAUCGUGAGAUACUAAUACUCGGAUGGCGGAACCUACUAAACAGAAAAUCGCAUUCAUCAAGAGUACAAAAACAAACAAAUAUAAAACCUGAUUUUUUCCCUUGUAACCAGACUUUCUUUACAGCUGAAACAUCCAGUAAGAAAGUUCCCCCCGGAGCUAAGGAAAGGUUUUCAGGUCGUGGGUUCCCUUAGCUUCAGUGUACAGGGGCCAUUCCCCGUUUCUCGAAAGUCGCGGUAACCUUUCAGAAAUCAAAUAUUCAAACAAAAUUUAAAUGAUAAAAGUGUGGUUGGUAGAAAAAAUAUCUGUUCAUUUCGUUCUGCCAACUAAUAAUUUUGGCAUGGUUUCUGUAAAGCUGUUGAAACCUUUAUCGUAAAUGUAAACGGAACAACAGCUUUCCUGGACCUUCAAGAAACGGCCCCCUAAUGUAAACCUAACGUCAGACCUACCUUAAGGCGAUGUUACACGAGACGAUUCGCAACGACGAUUUUUAGCACAACACAGCGUUGCAACAUUGUUGCGAUAUUGUUUUAAAGGCCCAUUACGGAACGUGCCAGUAAAACCAGUUAAUAAUUUGUGUAUUUGUCAGUCAAUAUCCUGUGUACAUGUUUUUAAAGGUUAGCCAUUUUUCCCAUGAUUUGACUGAUGAUUUUCUACAAUGGGUAUUUAUUAUUUUGGGGUCAGUGUUUAAAUUUCGCGAGGAUUAUUAGCGGAGCGAUGUUUUCACAAUCACUAAAAACGCGUAAUUAAACACCCGCGCGACAUUAAGUACCAAUAUGGUACUUCAUGUGGAUUCAAUUUGACAAUUUCUCAAAUCAUGAUAGAAAAUGAGUUUAUAAAAAUCCUUGUGCAAACUAAUUCUUGUGGAUGAGACUGCCGUGUAACUACUAACUUUUAUGUGGACGUGAUGAAUAGUAACCGUCGAGUAAAGGAAAAACUUGCUCACAUGAAACAAAUUGCUGUUUGUCGUUUGCCGUAGACGCGAUUCUAAAUCUCUUUACACACCAAAAAGGACUUGGUGUAGAAGUUGCGAGGAGUAUUAUACGGGACUUGUUGCUACAAGUAUGUAGAUUUUAAGAGAAUUUCUCGAAAGAAAUCCACUAUUAUAAUUUUUAGUGAUUUUUCCGAGUCACAUUGGGCUAACGUGAGAAAUGUUAGCCUAAUUUUGACCAAGUUGCAGCCCUUUUCCUCAUCUUCACCUGUCGCCGAAGACAACCACAGAGCUUUGGAGCAAUUUGUGAAAUACUUGUUAGCAAAACGGGAAUAUAAAUUUUUGUAAUCUUUUCUUCCCUUCAAAUACAUUUUUGUUUUUUUCUAAAUUUCUUUUUUCUGCAUGCUUUUUGUGUUGUUUCUGAUUUACCAACUAGCAAUUUUGUUCACUGAAAAAUGCAAUUGGGUAUGGUUGGAAAGAUCUCUUAUCUCCCUGUAUACAAUUUAAUCGUCAAAGUUAUCUGUGACCGUCAAAUUGAUGAUGUCACAAGGGGCACAAGGGACGUAGAUCUGUUACGGGCGGCUCGGGUGUGAGUGGGUUACACCAUUACUGACUUAUUAAUUUGCAGUCAUUACUUUCUGAAUUAAUGCGCUUGGUUUUUGCAUUUUAUUUAUCCUUAUAGGCAGGAGAUGAGAUUGUGCUUGUUAAAAAGAUUGAUUAUGAUUGGUACGUUGGUCGGCUUGGUAACCAGGAGGGGAUGUUUCCUGUGAAGUUUGUGGAAAUCAUUGAGGAUCUUCCUCAAGAGACCACACAGGAAGACCAGGUAAAGAUCCCUGAAAAGGGCUACUAAAUGUACACGAAGCCCACACUUUUUAGUUACCAAUAGAAAAACGUGUAAAAUUUAUUCGCAUUUUUUCCAUUCGGAAUCUUUUUGCCCUCCGCAGGGUUCCGGCCUAGAGCCCAGAACCCGAGGAGGCACCCUAAAUUUCCCCGCGUAUAGAAUCGAAGUAUCGAAAUCUUCUCGAAUGAAGAAACUAGGCGCGCAAGGUAGUCCCGGUUAAUUUUUCAGCAUGCGUGCAAGGAGGUAUUGGGAAAUUCUGGAAACACGUCGUUGACCGGUUAGCAUUUAAGAUUCCAUCAUCCAGAACCACCUUCCCCUCUUAAGUACACUUACAUGAAAUUUCUAAGUCUCUUCAAACUUUUACUCUUCUUUUCUUUUCCUUAAGUCUAAGUCCCUUCUGUUAUGUAGUGACAAACCUAACGGUAAAUGAAAGCUAACCAUUUCGAGUCAGUGCUUAGACGACCUAAUCACUGUAUUCAGUGCUUAACCCUAAUCACUAUAACGUUUUUCGCAAAAAUUAAAAUCCCGGUUUAAUAUCAGCCCUAAGUUUAGACAAGGGUGGGUGGGCAGGUAGGCUUUUAUCCGGGAAGGGGGGGGGUUUGUAAGAGAAAUAAAUAUCGUCUCGAAACGAACUGAUAACAACACUCAAUUUAAUUCAAUCCAAGAGAAAAUCAACAACUCGAAUUUAAAUUGCUACCAGAACAUAUCCAAACAAGUUAUAUAUAUACGUUAGAUACCUGCCGAAAGGCCUAUAACCUGGGAGGUGAUUAUGAUCGAAAUUUUUUUAUAAAUUCUGUCUACAAAUAAAUGGGCUAAUAGGAAACUACGUCUCCAUUUUUUAUCCCACGACUGGAGCGUUAGACCUGAAUGGCAUUUCAUUAAUCUCAGCACAGAAUUCAGGGGAACAUCAAUUAUUUUGGGGGGCGUUUCACUCUUAUCACCUAUACCAAACGUUUCAUUUACGGUGCUUUCCACAGCCGACUGCGGUGCCAGCAAGCUCCCCGUUUGAUGUAAUGGCUUUAUAUGAUUUCCAUGGAAACGACCAGGAUGGCGAGCUUGUCUUCAGUGCAGGGGAUAUGGUCCACGUGAUCGAAAAGAUCAAUGAUGAUUGGUUAAAAGGAGAAACCGGUGGACAGACAGGGGCUUUCCCUUGCAGUUUCGUUGAUAUAAGUAUAGACGUAAUCAAUAAAUUACCACAAACUGAAAGAAACGUGUCGGCAAACAAGAGUAGGAAAGAGACACAUUCAAAACCAGGGCGUUCUCUUCAGUGUAAAGCUCUGUUUGAUUACAACAGCGGUGUGGCAGAAGAUCUCAGUUUUAGCGUGGGAGAUGUCAUUGAAGUGCACGAGAAAAUAAGUGACGAGUGGAUUAAGGGCAAGCUUCAUGGACAAGUCGGGAUGUUUCCCUCGGCUUUUGUGGAGAUGCUUGAAGGUGCACAGGAGAAAACAGGAAUUGAAACAGGUAAAAAACGAAAUUUAUUUCACAGUUUGUCGAUCUAUUUUUCGCUGCUGCAGCCUCUGACAUUACAAUAGCCAAGAAUAGAGCUGUGAUUACAACUUCGUUUCCAGGGUCUCUCCUGGCCACUCGCCCCUACGGAUAGGAGAGAAUUGUGCUAACGAGGUUGCUGUGAUUUUUGUUAUCAGCGGAUUUGACUUGGAAGCAAGGCAAAGGGCUCAGUGUGUAUUGUAGGUACCCACUAAGUUCUUUUGGAACAGAAAACUUGUUUUCUUAUAAACUGACGUCCAAAUCGACAUUCUAUCGUUGUCUAGCAAAAGUAUACUGCAGUGCCGCCGGUAUAAACUACCGCCAAUACAGCCACAUGGUGUUUUCAGGAUACCCCUUGAAACUCUUUUCUCAUGUAAAAACGUUUUUUUGUUCAAAUACAUUUGUAGAGCUGCUGACGACGUAAGUGAAAGCGGUCUUUUGCACCGAGGUAAAAUCCACAAUCAUGAGUGAUGCGCGAGUCUUGUUCAAGUCUUGAAAGUUUCAUUCAUGUUUAAUGAGUUGUUAAGCGGUGUUUAUCAUUACUAAGUGGUAAAUGAAUCAGAUACGCUUUCCUUCAGUAUUAGAAUAAAGCGAGGUGUUACGCAGGCUACUUUCAACAUUAAUGUGCGGGAUCAAUUUAGGCUUCUGGGAAACUGCCCAUCUACCCCUCCCCUAAGUCAACAUUAACACUUACUUCUCACUUAAGGCAAAAUGUUGACCAAGAUGCGUAGCGCGUGUUAAAGAAAUACGUGAAAUAAGUAUUCCUCGUUCUACAAGCCAACUAUUUGUUACACUUUGAAUGCUUGCCACGCCACGCCACACGGGUGGACAACACAAAUAACGCACCAAGCUUGUAAGCAGGCAGAUUCAGUCUUACCAGUUGCACAGCUCGUCGCACGAGAGCGAUUACGAGUCGCACCACUUGAAAAUAGCCCCUCUCUACCUUCUGCAACUUGCCACUCAAAUUCGAAGUGUCCAUAAUAAGGUGCAUGUUAACCAUGGGUAUUUAUCAUUUACAUGGGAAAACCGGAGAUUCCGGGUGGAAAUUCAAAUGUUUCGCGCCAUCCGUUUGGGAAGCUUCAGAAAAUAUGGGCUGUGAUUUGAGGUGAUGCAAUUUUUCAACUCAUUUUUGUCUGUUCAGUUAAUUUGUAUCUACUUUGUAGCGGAUCGUUAUUCCACCACGUCAAAUUUUAUAGUCUCAUACUUAUGCACAAGAUUUUCACCCUGGUGGUUUGUGUAAAUGGUAAGCAACCCAGCUGCACGACUCGUACGACCCUCCCUCACCUCUCAGGUUCAUAAAGCCCUCGUAAUAUACCGUAUAAUUGGAUGUACGACGCGUACAAGUUGUACCCCUUGAAAAGACUCCCUACAGGGUACCCCUCCGGAGCUUGUUAGCUCUCUCCUGAAUUACUGUACUUCACUUAUUUUCUGUUAUUAGAAGAGACGGAGAAACCUGUGGUGGAAUACGGCACAGCUCGGUAUGAUUUCACUGCCUCAGCAUCUGAUGAAUUGUCCUUCAAGAAAGGAGACAGAAUAGAAGUUACAGAAGUUGUCAGCGAUGAUUGGCUGAGAGGGAGGCUUGGAGAUCACGAGGGAAUGUUUCCUCAGGCUUUUGUUCAACUUUCAAAAGAGCCAGGUACAGCCAGCAAUCGUCUCAUUUAUUGUCACGCUCUUAAAUAGCAGUUUUAUCUGUUUUACUUCAUCUUAAGUAUGUACAUAGACGAACCAAACUUUGACCAAACUGGAUGUCUGGCUCCUCGACCAGUCUGUUGUUUGAUUACAAACUUUCUGUGCAAUUCCUUUAGCAAACUUUUCGACCGGGUACAAAACAAAUAUAUUGCUUUGUAAGUUGUUUUUAAGCAUUUCACGAUAAAUAGGAAAGCCUUUAGUUUGCUAUUUUUAAGUACCCCUGGAAGAAACGCAAAUGCCGUGAGAAUUUAGUCACGGAUUCUCAUACCUGACAACAACGAUCCUGUCCCAGGCUAUUGCCCUAUGAGCCAAUCGUCAGUUUGUACAGACUACAUUGCCUGGUUGAUUUCGAUAUCUGUGUUUGUUAAACCCUUUUAGGACCUCAGCCUAGGAAGAAUGUCAAAGCUACACCAAAGGCGAAGGCUUUGUUCGAUUUUGAUGGCGAAUAUGAAGAUGAAUUAUCUUUUAAGGUAAUUACUUACCUUCAAUUUGUUUAGGAUCUUGGCAUUGUUCUUAGUUUUUGCUCGCAGGCUAAAGUCCUUUCCGCGUCCGCCUAUUUCCCUUUCGUAAACGGUCGUUGCCAUUUUUAAUGGUCGAUGCCACCAUUGGUAACCAAGCUUUUAGACAUGAAGGAUGUAAUAUAAUCCCUGGACUAAGUUACAAUAAGGCAAAUAAUACCUUUUUGAAUAGUCUUACAAAAAAAGGAAGUUGAAGCCCGAGUCGAAUUUACGUUAAAAAUUAUGGAAAGAGCUAGGGCGGUCACCUGAAUUAACAGUUAUGAAAGACAGUUUGCUAGUGAAUGUAAUUAAAAUUUUUGUAAAUUUUGGCGGUCGGUGUUGUAGUGUAGUGGUAAGGGAGAGAGAUUACGGUACCUGAUCGCAACCCUGACCUUGGGUUGCGAUUUUCUUUCAUUUUAAUACAAACGCUUUCAAAAACAGGUCAAAAAAUUUUUAAGUGUCUUAAAAAUCGCAGCGACCGUUUACGAAAGAGACAACUGCUCCGCCUCCAGUUACGCUUAGGGCGCGAAUAUAAAGUUGAAUGCCAGACUAAAACGACCAGAAAUACCACGCUCUCUGGAUUGUUAAAUCAUGACAUUAAUCAAUUAGUCAUUGAAAAAAUUACUUACUCAUUAUAUAUGUCAUUGGAUUGUACUUAGAAAUCUAACCUUUUUGGUCUGACUUUGCAAACUAAAGUGAAACUUGCGCCACAUGACAUGACAAAAGAGAGUUUUAGAUUCUGAGACGAGGACGACUGCAAGUACGAGAUUUUUUCAAUACUAAGCGGUGCUCGCGCGUGAACCAGCGUCAUUUUGGCGGGAGUUUUAGCUAGAUAGCCUCACUAAUUUUUCAGGUAAAAAAUAUUGCAAUGAAGCUUUCCGGGUUGAAUAUUUUUGAGAAUACGCGAAAAAACUUAAAGUUAAAUCGCGUACUCGUACUCGUCCUCUUCCUCAAAUCUAAAUCUCUCUAAAAACUAAACACAACGGACAACAAUCUGCUAAAGGUCUUAGACCGACAAAAAAGAAUGAGGUUAUUCUCUUGUCUGUCCCAUUAAGGCGCUAACCUUUCCAAGGCAAACACUAGCCUCCUCCGCAGGCAACUCCUAUUGUAACGGUUGUACUGACCGUGAGGAGUCUGAGAACGAGAAAAAGAGAAAAAAGUGAAGAGGGGUUGGGAUCACUGUAUCUCCCCAUUUUCCCAUUUCUCCCCAUUCUCCUACUCGUUCUCUAAAACAGGACUGUGAAGCCCGCGGAGGGGGCUAUAGGCAAACACUUAGAGCAGCUCUUCAAAUGAGUUCAGAAGCAUCGCCCCUUUUAAACCUCUAACUGAAGGCUAUGUGAGACGCCAUAGCAAGCGAUACCGGGUCCUGAUUAUGCAUGCGCUUGUCUUUGUCUUUACUCAGGUCGAUGAUGACAUUAUUUUGUUGGAACGGAUAAAUGACGAAUGGCUGAAAGGUCAAGUAAACCACAGAGUCGGCAGAUUUCCUGCACCAUUUGUCAAAGUUUUGACACCACUUCCUUAG